AUGCAAACAACAUAAGGAUUACCAAAAGGUAAAACUAUCAUAAAUCUGAAUGGGUGCCAUAUUAAUGAAAAUGAAUCGGGCCAUUGUGGAUAUUGUGGAGGUAAGAAAGGCUCCUAGGGAGCUGUUUAAUGGGGUCUUGUUUCUAACAAGAUGACAGUGUAAGACUAUCAGAAAUUGAUGGAUAGAGGCUGGAGAAGAUGCGGAGGAUAUUACUACAAGUAUGACUUCGAAAAGUCAUGCUGCUAACCUUUUACUAUCAGAUUGAAUGCCUCAGAAUAUCAGAUAAGCUAGUCUUAAAGAAAGGUUAUGAAAAAGUUCAACAAAUUUCUUCUAGGGUAAAUUGGAAUGGAUGGUAAAGCUGUAGAAACUAAAAUGCAAAUAUAAGAGGAAAGCAAGUUAUAGCAAAAGUAAAAUGAAUAAGAUGUGAAUCAAGUCAAACAUGCUCAAAUACUUAGCAUUCUAAAUGAUAUAACAACUAACUACCCUCAAUAAGAGGUUUUUGAAGGAAUCAGUGAGUAAUAAUACUAAGAGCUAGUGAAAUUUUCUAUCAUUAACAAGUCUAAAGAUAAACAACUAAAAGAUACUCUGAGUUGGUCAACAAAUACUCUAAUAAAGCUAUUCUUCUAGAUUAAAGCUGAUAAAAAGGAUAAAAUGCCACAUAAUUUGAAAUCUAUAAAAGAUUUCGUCAAUGAACUCAGAUUAAUAAAUCAAUUAGUAUUCAAUCAGGAGAAUAGUAGUGUUAAGAUUGAAGACUCAGGCUAUUUAACCUUUGUUAAUUUAGAAAAAGACACAGCAGUAGAAGAAACAAAGUAAGCUUAAAAAGAAAAAGAUAAGACCCAAUAAAAAAAGUCACAUAAGCAAGUGGAGGAAAAGAAGGAGGAUGCAAAGCCAGAAAUUAGUAAGUCUCAAGGUGUUUAGGAAAAUCUUCUAUAUUAAUAAUAUUUCAAAGAGCAUGUUCCUUUAGAAUUAAAAGAAGGUCAAGAACUUAAACAUUCAUACACAGUAACAAUUUCAAAAGCUCUCUAUAAUAAGGAAUGCUUUGAAGUUUAUAGCUAGUACUAGCAGACAGUUCACAAAGAUAUUGAGAAGCAUCCAUCAGGCUACAAAAGAUUUUUAUGUCAAAAUCCAUUAUUUGAUCCAAAGGAUUAAAGAGAAAAUAAUUUUAAGAGUCCUUAGAGAUUAGAUGACUUUGAUAACAUUAGAACUUACAAAGAUGAAGGGGUUUGGCCUGAACACUUGGGAGGAUAUCAUAUGGUUCAUAAAAUAGAUGGUGAAGUAUUUGCUGUAGGUGUCAUAGAUAUCACUCCUAACGUUUUGUCCAGUGUGUAUCUUUACUAUAACCCCAAGUUUGAAUUUUUGUCUCCUGGCGUCUUCACAGCUGUUAGAGAGAUUGAAUAUGUCUAAAGAAUAAUGGAAGUAUUUGAUCCAGAGUUUAAAUACUAUUACAUGGGGUAUUACUUUUAAGACUGUCAAAAAAGUGUCUACAAAGCCAAUUACAAACCAUCUUAAGUGCUUUGUCCAUUAACUUAGAACUAUGUGUACCUCACUGAUGAGAUUAAAAGUAGAAUAACUGCAUAAAAACUUCCACUUCUAUGUGAUGAUUUGCCUAAAAUUAAAGAACUUAGUUUGACUGAUACUCAAGCCACUACACUAGCCUAAAAUAUUAAGUUCAUAUAUCAAGAAUAAGAAACCUUAUCAAUUUCUGAUCUAUCAAUAAGGUAUCAACCUAUUAUUCUUAAAUUGCUGGUAAACUUGUAUCAGAAUAUUGGACUUGACUUAAUGAUGACUUGUAGUUUCACUUUCUGA